GAUGGCUUCUCGUAUAAAACCAGUUGCCUGGCUUCUCUUUUGUGAUCAACAAAAUUACUUCCCACCCGUUAUUCGAUUAAAAUAUCGUCUUCGGGGAAGUGCUGAAGGCUGAAUUCGUCUGUGCGCUGGUGUAGGUGUUACACAGCGUCUUCGGGCGCUGUGGGAGAAUUUUAAUAAGCAAGCGGGGCGAUUUUGAGCCGCCGCGCGAGAGAUCGGGCCUGUCGGCUCACGCGACGAACAGCAGCGCGAGACCGAACCUGAACCCGAGUCCAAGCGCGAGCGCGAGCCUGAACCCGAACCUAAAACCGGACACCCUCACCGUUCCCAUGGCCGUUUCAAGGCUAGAACGUCUGUUUAUUUUACUGGAUACAGGGACGACUCCUGUCACCAGAAAAGCAGCGGCUCAGCAACUGGGAGAUGUAGUGAAGCUUCACCCACAUGAACUCAAUAACCUGCUGUCAAAGGUUUUAACAUACCUGAGGAGUCCAAACUGGGAUGCACGAAUCGCAGCAGGACAGGCCGUAGAAGCCAUAGUGAAGAAUAUUCCAGAAUGGAGCCCGGCUCCAAAGCCAAAAGAUGAAGUGUGUGCAGAAGACAUGUCUCCAGAGGAAAUCUCCUCAGACAGACUGAGUUUCUACAGGUUCGAUAUCUCCCGGCUGCUCAAGCACGGAGCGUCCCUGCUGGGCUCUGCGGGUGCAGAGUUUGAGCUGCAAGAUGACAAGUCAGGUGAGAUGGAUCCCAAAGAGCGACUGGCCCGACAGAGGAAGCAGUUACAGAAGAAGUUGGGAUUGGAUAUGGGUGCGGCGAUUGGCAUGGACACAGAGGACCUUUUUAACGACGAGGACCUGGAAGACGUCUGUGCUUCCAGUACCAACAGAACACAGCCCGGUAGAAGCCUAGGUUUUCCCCUCUCGUGCAACCAUAUGCCGGCAGCAGAACUUAUAGAUUCUGAGUUUCGCCCAGGCAUGAGCAAUCGACAGAGGAACAAGGCUAAGAGGAUGGCCAAACUGGUGGCAAAGCAGAGAUCCAGAGACAUGGAUCCCAAUGAAAAGAGUAAUGACAGUUUUGAAGGAGAACCGGAGGAGAAACGGCGGAAAACCACAAAUGUAGUCAUUGAGCAGCCAGCGACAGACAGCAAAGUUUUAAUUGAUAAUGUCCCUGAUAACUCCAGUUUAUUUGAGGAGACUCAGGAAUGGCCUCUGGAAAGCUUUUGCGAUGAGCUGUGUAAUGAUCUCUUCAAUCCCUCGUGGGAGAUUCGUCACGGCGCCGGCACGGGUCUGAGGGAGGUGCUGAAGUGUCACGGUGCAGGAGGAGGAAAGAUGGUCUCCAGUACGGCAGAACAGAUGGAGCGGCAGCAUCAGGAAUGGCUGGAGGACCUGGUCAUCAGGCUUCUCUGCAUCUUUGCUCUGGACAGAUUUGGAGACUUUGUGUCGGAUGAGGUGGUCGCACCUGUCAGAGAGACGUGUGCUCAGACUCUGGGUGUGGCCAUGAAGCACAUGACGAACAGCGGCGUUGCCAUGACAGUGGAUAUUCUUCUCAAGCUGCUAACGGAAGACCAGUGGGAAGUUCGACACGGAGGCCUGUUGGGCAUCAAAUAUGCUCUCGCUGUCAGACAGGAUUUGAUCUCGGAGCUGCUGCCUCGGGUUCUUCCUGCUAUUACAGAAGGCCUGCGGGAUCUGGACGAUGAUGUUCGUGCAGUGGCAGCGGCGGCUUUAAUUCCAGUUGUUGAUGGAUUAGUUCAGUUGCAGCCUGCUAAGGUUCCCUUCAUUGUCGACACACUAUGGAAUGCUCUUCUGGAGCUAGACGAUCUCACGGCUUCCACAAACAGCAUCAUGACCCUUCUGUCCUCUCUGCUCACGUAUCCUCAAGUCCGCCAGUGCAGUGCACAGCAGUCUCUGACAGUAUUAGUACCUCGCGUGUGGCCAUUCCUGAGACACACCAUCGCUUCUGUUCGCCGGGCUGCACUAGAGACCCUCUUUACCCUGCUGUCUAAAGCUGACCAGAAUUGUGCAGUGUGGCUGAAUCCCAUCAUGCAGGACAUGUUAAGGCACAUCUUUCAGUCCUGCAUCCUGGAGAGCAACCAAGAGAUCCUAGAGCUGAUUCAGAAGGUGUGGGAUGAGUUGUUGCGACAGGCCCCGCAGCAGUAUGUGGUGGCAGCCAGCUGUCCCUGGAUGGGCGCCUGGCUGUGUUUGAUGAUGCAAGCAGCACACAUCCCAAUAGACUCAAACAUGCUCCUGGAAGUGAAAGCACGCUUAAAGGAGAAGUGCUCUGGAAAAAGCCGGCAAGGAUCACUUCCUGUCAAAGAAACUGUGCAGGAGUACAUCGGUGGAGCAGAUACCAUCACUGAAGAUCCCGCCACACGAGACUACGUGGUGACCCGUGCACGUUUAAUGGCUGCGAAGCUGUUGGGGGUGCUGUGUAGUUGCAUCUGCGACCCGCGGUUGAACAGCUCGUCUCAGGAACUCCGGCCUGCUGAAUCUCUGGCUCAGCUUUUACUGUUCCACCUCAAUUCCAAAUCAGCCCUGCAGAGGAUUGCGGUUGCCAUGGUGAUCUGUGAGUGGGCGUCCCUGCAGAAGGAAUGCGACCUGCUGUCUAGCGUGGUGCAGCCCCGUCUGCUGGUCAUCCUGUCCGAGCAGCUGUACUACGAUGAGAUCGCAAUUCCUUUCACACGCAUGCAGAACGAAUGCAAACAGCUCAUAGCUCUGCUGGCUGACGCCCACAUCGACGUGAGGGAGCGCAUGAACUGCACCGUGUUCACCAUCGAUCAGGCCAAUGAGCUGGUGACCACCAUCUUCUCAGAAUGCACCUCCUCUCUGAACCUGAAGUCCCGUCAGUUUCAGCCGCUGGACAGUAAGAAGCUCCAGGCUCAAUCCACCGUGUGUGAGACCAGCGCCGAGUGGCAGCAGCUACAGCUGAGGGUUCACACCUUCACGGCCUGCGCAGUGGUGGGUUUGGCCAUGCUGCCGGAGAAACUCAACCCUGUGGUCAGACCUCUGAUGGAGGCGGCCCGUCGUGAAGAGAACACGCUCGUCCAGGGUUACGCCGCCUCUAGCAUCGCCCGGCUGCUGCAGCUGUGCGCCAACAGAACUCCCUGCCCGAACGGCAAGAUCGUGAAGAAUCUCUGCGGCUCUGUGUGUGUGGAUCCCAUGCUCACUCCUAACGCUGCUUGUCCUGUCCCGCCGGCCAGCACUCCGACUGUUCAAGAGAGCAGUAAAGCAUCAGUGGCAGAGAAAGACAUGAUGCAUCACAUGGUUAAUAAAACCAAGGGUAUCAUCACUCUCUACCGCCACCAAAAAGCAGCUUUUGCCAUCACCAGUAAGAGGGGACCAACCCCCAAAGCCCCCAAAACUUCCAACAAUGACCUGCCUCUUGGAGGCAGUGUUGCUACGGAAACAGAUGAGAACAAGAAGCCAUAUCUUAUCCAGCGGAGAGGGGCAGAGUUCUCCUUAACAAUAGUUGCUAGGCAUUUCGGUCAGGAGCUCACCAGAUCUUUGCCCUAUCUGUGGGAGUCCAUGACUGGCCCUCUCAGGAAUGCGCUGGGCACUCAGGGAUUCGAUUCCAGUCAUCUGUUGAAGCAGGGAGACGCUGUUGGUCAGGAGCUUGUGAACUCUUUACAGGUGCUGGAGGUCACAGCAGGAGCCAUGGCCCAAGAGCUCAAUCUUGUAUUAAUGGAGCAGCUGCCUCUCCUGUGCACCUGUCUGCAGCAUCCAUACACAGCUGUACGUCACAUGGCCGCCCGCUGUGUGGGUGUGCUCAGUAAGAUCGCUACCAUGGAGACCAUGAACGUGUUUCUGGAGCAUGUGCUGCCGUGGUUGGGUGCUAUUGAUGACAACACUAAGCAAGAGGGAGCCAUUGAAGCCCUGGCCUGUGUGAUGGAGCAGCUGGAUGUGGAUAUUGUUCCCUAUAUUGUGCUGCUGGUGGUUCCUGUGCUGGGUCGUAUGAGUGACCCCUGUGACAGCGUGAGGUUCAUGGCCACACAGUGCUUUGCUACGCUGAUCCGUCUGCUGCCGCUCGAGGCUGGAAUUCCAGACCCUCCAUCGAUGUCUGAGGAUCUGAUUCGGCAGAAGGCCAGAGAGCGACAUUUCCUUGAACAGCUUCUGGAUGGAAGGAAACUGGAGAAUUACAAGAUUCCUGUUCCCAUCAAAGCAGAGCUGCGGAAAUACCAGCAGGAUGGUGUGAACUGGCUGGCGUUUCUGAACAAGUACAAGCUUCAUGGUAUUUUGUGUGAUGAUAUGGGUCUGGGUAAGACCCUGCAGUCCAUAUGUAUACUGGCUGGAGAUCAUUUUCUCAGAGCUCAGGCGUACAGCAAGACCAAGGCACCUGACUGUUGCCCUUUACCCUCUAUAGUGGUGUGUCCACCCACCCUGACCGGUCACUGGGUGGAUGAGGUGGGCAAGUUUUCUUCCAAAGAGUAUCUCAAUCCUCUGCACUACACUGGACCACCAACAGAACGAGCACGAUUACAACACCAGGUGAAGAAACACAAUCUCAUUGUUGCCUCAUAUGAUGUUGUUAGGAAUGACAUCGACUUUUUCAGGGAUAUUAAAUUUAAUUACUGUAUCCUUGAUGAGGGUCACGUCAUUAAGAACGGGAAAACCAAACUCUCCAAAGCCAUCAAGCAGUUAAAUGCCAACUAUAGAAUAAUCCUCUCAGGAACGCCCAUUCAGAACAAUGUUCUGGAGUUGUGGUCACUCUUUGACUUCCUGAUGCCAGGCUUUCUGGGUACCGAGCGUCAGUUUGCUGCCCGCUACGGGAAGCCCAUCCUCGCCAGUCGAGAUGCUAAAAGUUCAUCGCGCGAACAGGAAGCAGGUGUGCUGGCGAUGGAAGCUCUGCAUAGACAGGUUCUGCCCUUCCUGCUGAGGAGAAUGAAGGAUGACGUUCUUCAAGAUCUGCCGCCCAAGAUCAUACAAGAUUACUAUUGCAACCUCAGUUCUCUACAGGUUCAGCUGUACGAGGACUUUGCGAAGUCUCGUGCGAAGGUGAACGUGGAUGAUGUGAUUUCUGCACCAGAGGAAGAGGAGAAGCCCAAACUCAAAGCCACUGGGCACGUCUUCCAGGCUCUACAGUAUCUGAGGAAGUUGUGUAAUCACCCAGCGCUGGUAUUGACCCCUCAACACCCAGAAUACAAACACAUCACAGAACAGCUGGCUAGCCAACACUCCAGCCUCCGAGACAUCCAGCACGCUCCCAAACUGUCUGCGCUUAAACAGCUCUUGUUGGACUGUGGGCUGGGUUCUUCGGGAACAUCUGAUGGUGGCACAGAGGCUGUGGUGGCCCAACACCGUGUUCUCAUCUUCUGUCAGCUGAAGAGCAUGCUGGACAUUGUGGAGCAAGAUCUGCUGAAAGCACAGCUGCCCACCAUCACCUACCUCAGACUGGACGGAAGCGUUCAGGCUGGCCUCAGACACUCCAUAGUCUCCAGGUUCAAUAAUGACCCAUCUAUAGAUGUCCUGCUGCUCACCACUCAUGUGGGUGGGCUGGGAUUGAAUCUCACAGGGGCCGAUACCGUAGUGUUUGUGGAGCACGACUGGAACCCGAUGAGAGAUCUCCAGGCCAUGGAUCGAGCUCACAGAAUAGGACAGAAACGUGUGGUCAAUGUUUAUCGUCUCAUCACACGGGGCACGCUGGAGGAAAAGAUCAUGGGAUUGCAGAAGUUUAAAAUGACCAUCGCUAAUACAGUCAUCAGUCAGGAGAACACCAGUCUGCAGAGCAUGGGCACAGAACAGCUGCUCAACCUCUUCACACUAGACAAGGACGAGAAGGCAGAGAAGAGCGAGUCGGGAUCCUCGGGUAAAUCCAGUAUGAAGUCUGUUCUGGAUGGGCUGGGUGACCUGUGGGACCAGCAGCAGUAUGAAAACGAAUACAACCUGGACAGCUUCAUGCAUUCGCUCAAAUGAACCCAGCGCACUCGCAUCAGGCAACCAGAAAAGACUCGACGUGUAAAGUGACGCUUGGUGUCACCGAUGGGACGUUCGCAAGCACUGUAGCUAUCGGAUCGUUAACACUCCAGUCUUAAAAUUCUUCUGCCAGGCUCAUACAGAUCUGAGAUCUGUGCUUACGAGAGCAUCUAAACUGUGUUAUUCAAUUUGUCACUGGAAGAAGUCUUAAAGCUAAUCUUAAAAGUGUUGUACAUGCAUCUGUGUGUACGGAUUAUAAUGUUUGAACCUCAGGAUUUUCACCUUACCAUCCGUAUCCGUGACAGUAUUACCAGACACACAUGAUUGAAGAGAACCUGUCAUUCAAGAACUGGAACGCACAGAAACUGCUCUGUCCUCCUGUAAAUCAGCAAAGGACAGUGUAAUGGUUCAUUCAGCCCACUAGGGGGAGCUUAACUAACUCUUAUAGGAUUAUAUGAAGGGCUUUCUGCUAUUCCUUCAGACACUUCAUUGAAAAUGUCUUCAAUGCACUGACUGUGAUAUUUAGGUACACAGGGAAGAGCAGCAGGACACUCUCCUGAAACUUUGUAGAGUUUUAAAAGGAAAAAAAAUAGGACUUGUAAAUAUCUGUUAUUUGCCAUUUUUGGGUAAGCCGGUAGAAUUUUAAUAAAUUCUAAUGAGCUCUUUGAAAAUGUGUCUUGUAUGUUUGCAUUCAUGAAAAUGUGAGAAUGAACUGAUGACCAUGUUUAUUUCUAAUCUUGUCUCAUUGUAUGUACCAUUGACUUGAUAUCUGAAUGACUGAUAUCAUUUUAGGUGCUACUGCAUCUAUGCCCAAACUGCUCAUUGCUGCUAAGAGAACGCAAGUAAA